GUUGAUUUCAGCCGCUCUCCGGGCGCGAGUAGCAGUUUCUACUUGGGUCUUUUGAAAACAAGUGGAACGGGAGCUAUCAGAGUGCAUCUGGGUAGCAUGGACAAAUGCACUAAGUCCUGGGACAUGUGACUAAAACAGAAGAGAACCUUGCCCUAGCAGAGCUUACAGUCUAGUAGGUUACUAUCUCAAAGGAGGUGUUUGCUGAAGACAGCUUACUCAGAUCACUGUCACUUGGAAGUGGUUGAUAUAUCCUGGUGCAAAUAUUCAAGGAAGAAGCAGGCAGGACGCUAUGGCCCAGCAACUGAAGAAGAGGGCAAAGACUUGUGGCCAGAAAGGCCUGGGUAGAAGAGCCUUCAGGAGGGAGAAGCCAAGGCCAUCCAAGACACAGCCAGUCCAGAAGGAACUUCUCGACACCACAUGGGCCUUAGAAGAUGAAGGUGUGUUCUUUGAGACGAGCCACCUGGUUGUUAGAGAAGACUCUUUCUCUGACUGUUACAUAGAAUGCAUAAUUAGAGGUGAGUUUUCUGAACCCAUUCUGGAAGAAGACUCGUCCCUUGACUACCUCGAAGAAGGAUCAGAGCAAGAGCUUUCUCAACACGUUCUUACAGCAAGCUCGCUUCUGGAAAAAUCCUUGAAAUGCACGCAGAAAGGGGCAACACAAGAACUUCCUCAACAGAUUGUUAGAGAGAAUUCACAGCUUGAGUAUUCUGAGUGUGUAAUACGCAAGAAGCUUCCUCCUGGAGGAAUACCCAGCAUUGACUUACCAGAUCCUAAACAGUCUGCAGAAUUUGCGAGAAAGAAGCCAACAAAAGAUAAGGAAUAUGAGGCUCCAGAAAGAAUUGUUUGUCCUCACAGUGGAUGCCCAAGAAAGUUGAAGAAUAGAGCUUCCCUGAGAAAGCAUCUCCUCGUCCAUGGUCCUCGAGAUCACGUAUGUGCAGAAUGUGGGAAAGCAUUCAAUGAGAAUGCAAAACUAAAAAGACAUUUUCUGGUUCAUACUGGAGAGAAGCCAUUUCAGUGCACUUUUGAAGGGUGCGGAAAACGCUUUUCCCUGGACUACAAUUUGCGCACACACGUCCGCAUCCACACUGGGGAGAAACGUUUUGUGUGCCCCUUUGAAAGCUGUCACAGGAGGUUUAUUCAGUCAAAUAACCUGAAGGUUCACAUCUUAACUCAUUCAAAGACCAACAAAAUGAAAGAGAAGAUGGAAGGAAAGUAAUCCUUUAACAGGAUAAGCAUAUUAACAAAAGAGUGAUUUGGGGACAAAUGUACCUUAUCAUCGUCUGCAGGAAAGAGCUUUUUAAAGCAAUUGCAACCCUACAUGGCAUAUUUUUGUUUUAAUGUACUACGGUGCUCCAGUAGUUUGACACCAUUUUAGAACGCUGUAUAGAAUUAACAGUGUGUUUCCAACAAGGUCAGUAAUGAAUUUACUUCAAAAGCACAAUCCUUAAUACAUUAUGAACUGGAUUACUGGAUAUGGGACUUAUUUUCACAUGCUGUAAAUAUGAAAUUAACAUUGUUUUUAAAGUCUGUAGUUUCCAACUGUCUAGCUUUUGCCUUUUAGGAAUAAACUUCAUGCAACGUGUGUGAAUCCUAGAGAAGGAAAAUUUUGCAGUAGAUUGUCAGUAAGUGAAUGAGUAGUUAAACAUGUUUAAAAGUUUGAUGUAUUUUUAAUCCUUUUUUUAUCAUUGUAGAAAACUAUUGAAAUCAUAUAGCUAAAUUUGAAUGGUUAUCUGAUAGUGUCAAUUCAUUGGAAUCAUUUUAGAUAUUUUAAAAGGAAAUAAAAACCCAGAGAUAUGCUGAAUCUGGAUUUAAAAAAUCAAAGAGGUGUGUAUUGAA